GCCAUCAGCGCCACUCACAAGUCACAACAGGCAACAACAAAGCUCGUUUACCAUCUCGUCUGUCGAGCUUCCCGCGAGCCCGAGGAGAGAGCAGCGCACGAGAAACACGCGAUCGAGCUGGUGACCGAUGGCUGGAACGGAGUGGUGCUGGCCGCUGCCGGCGUGGAUGGGCUCCGGCGCGGCGUGGUUCGUGGCCCUCAACCUCGUCGUGGGCGCCAUCUUCGCCCUGUCGUCGCGUGCGCAGCCGCAGUCGCCGUCGCCGCGCCGCGGCGGAAGCGGGAGCGGCAGCGGGAUCACGCGCAGGGCCUCGUCGGCGGUGCUGCAGCGCAUCCGCUCCUUCAGCAUCUUCUCCUUCCCGUCCUCGUCCUUCCACACGGCGGAGCCCAGCCCGGGCGCCGUCGCCGCCGCCACCACCUUCCGAGAAACAGAGGACGCGGGGACGCCGAGGAGGUCGCCAGCUACACCGCGUCCACCGCGCCCACACGCGACGGCAGAGCCGGCGAAAGAGGACGUCGUGGAAGACGAGAGCUCGAUGAGCAUGGACGAGGCGUACGCGCUCGCCCUGGCGGGGCGGCAGCGGGCGGCGCCGACGGAGGAGGAGGCGGCCGGGUCCGAGGUGGACGCCAAGGCGGAGGAGUUCAUCCAGGGGUUCAAGGAGGACCUCAGGCAGCAGCGCCUCAAAUCCAUCUUCAACUACACCCAGAUGCUCAAGCGCCGCGUCGCCGGCGGCCAGCCGCCUGCCGCUCCACAAUGAUACCGUCGCAUCGCACCCAUGGUUGUUGGUCUGAUCGUUCCUCCGCUCCGUGAUUGGCUCACGUGAUCGUUGAAUGUUCAGACCAGCUGCGAGCAACUCAGGCUUGACUUGCCGUCCUGGACGUCGCCGCCGGUCCACCAUUGAUUCACAUGUUCAUUGCUUCAUUUUUUAUUUUCUUUAGAGAGGAUUGCUUGGUGUGUUUGUUUUUAAAAAGGGAGAGCUAGCCUUUUUGAGUUGCUUGCUCUCGUGUACAUAGGCUUUCGGUUGUGGGUUUCCUUGCUUUUUAUUGGCUUGCACUCCUGUACAUAGGCAUUUUGGCUUGGCUUGUAUGCACUCCAUGCCGUGCUCCUUUGUUGUAAGCACAUUCUUUUAUUUGUUCCAUGUAACUUGAAAGCCUACAGUCGAUUUAUUUGUUGUAAA